GGGUAGAUUGGUUCAUGAUUUUCCAAAGGGUAAGAAUUUUUAAAUAAUUGUAAGGACAACAAAAGGUCCCACAAAAAAUAAUUUGGGGAAGACUUGGUAGAACAUAGAGUCAAGAACUUUUGUCAAGACACAUACAAGCUUCCAGGAAAAACCAUGUAAAUUAAGAUAGCAUUUCUCUCAUCGUUUUCUUACUUGGUACUUCAUUUACAUAUAGUGACAUCUAUAAAUAUCCAUGGUGCCUAAACAGAUAUAAUUCAUAUCUUGGCUCUUCUGUCCUUAAUUGGUCUUUCUUUGAGCUUUAAUCCAAUGGCAAUUGUCAGAUCCCAAGAAACCUCCUCCUCCAAUUCUCAUUGUAGUUAUGAUGUGUUCUUGAGCUUUAGAGGUGAAGAUACUCGCAAGACUUUCACUGAUCACCUCUACACAGCUUUAGCACACGCAGGAUUUCGUACUUUCAGAGAUGACGAUGGAAUUGAAAGAGGGGAGAAUAUUAAGUUCGAAUUGAACAAAGCAAUUCAAGAGUCGAAGAUUUCAAUAGUUGUCUUCUCGGAGGACUAUGCAUCUUCAAGUUGGUGUCUCGAUGAACUUGUCAUGAUCCUCGAACGCAGGAGGACCGUUGGACAUGUAGUUCUACCUGUUUUCUAUCAUGUGGAUCCAUCUCAUGUGAGGAAGCAAAAGAAAAGUUUCAAAGAAGCAUUUACGAGGCAUGAAGAGAGAUUUCGCGCAGAAGCGAGUGAUAGAGAAGUUGAAUGGAUUGGCAAAGUGGAAGAAUGGAAGGCAGCACUUAGAGAAGCUGCAGAUUUGGCAGGGAUGGACUCACAAAAACAAACUGAUGGACUUGAGUCGGAGUUUAUCCAGAAAAUUGUAAAAGUGGUUGGAGACAAACUAAGUCGCACAGCCUUGGGUACUGACCCCCACCUGAUUGGAAUAUAUUCUCGAGCCAAAAACAUUGGGCUUUGGUUACAAGAUGAGUCUAGUGAUGUUCGUAUAGUCGCAAUUUGUGGGAUGGGUGGAAUGGGGAAGACAACUAUCGCCAAAGAACUAUAUAAUUCGAACUUCUCAAGAUUCGAAGGUAGUAGUUUUCUUGCAAAUGUAAGAGAAAUUGUAAAACAACAAGAUGGUUUGCUUCGAUUACAGCGACAACUUCUUUCAGAUAUGUUAAAGGGAAGAAAGGAAAAUUUGUACAAUGUUGAUGAAGGAGUUGUAAAGAUUAAAAAUGCAUUAUGUUGCAAAAAAGUUCUUGUAGUCCUUGAUGAUGUGGAUACAAGAGGUCAAUUGGAUGCAAUACUUGGAAUGAGAGACUGGCUUUCUCAAGGAAGUAAAAUCAUCAUAACCACUAGGCGUGAGCAAUUGCUCAAGGCUCAUGAAGUUUGUCAAGUGCACAAGGUUGAAAAAUUGGAUAAUGAUGAAUCCUUAGAGCUCUUUAGUUGGCAUGCCUUUGGGAAAAACUAUCCCAUUAAUGGUUUCAUAGAGGACUCGGAAAGGGUGGUGCAGUAUUGUGGAGGGCUUCCACUAGCUAUCAAAAUUUUGGGUGCUUCUUUGUCUGGAAGAAGCUUAAAUAUCUGGAAAAGUCAACUUCAAAAAUUGAAAGCAAUUCCCAAUUCUGAAGUCAUUGAAAAACUCAAAAUAAGCUAUGACUCUUUGCAAGAUGACCAUGACAAAAAUUUAUUCCUCCAUGUUGCUUGUUUCUUUGUUGGGAUGGAUAAAGAUCAAGUAGUUACAAUUCUAGAUGGAUGUGAUUUUUACACAAUGGUUGGGAUUCAAAAUCUCAUUGAUAGAUAUCUGUUAACAAUUGAUGAACACAAAAGGUUGGUGAUGCAUCAAUUGGUUCAAGAAAUGGGAAGAGAAAUUGUUCGACAAGAAUCACCUAAGGAGCCAGGAGAACGUAGUAGAGUUUGGAAUUGCAAGGAUUCCUUGAAUGUUUUGAGCGAAAAUACUGGGACAAGAAAAAUCGAAGGCCUCAAGCUUGAUAUGAAAAAGUCAAAUCAAAUACCUUUGGAAGUUGAUGCAUUUGCAAGGAUGCACAAACUAAAACUUUUACAGCUCAAGUAUAUACAAAUAAGUGGAAGCUUCAAAAAUUUUCCUAAAGGAUUACGAUGGUUAUGUUGGCAUGGAUUUCCUUUCAAAUCUAUACCCCAUGAUUUCCCUUUGGAGAACCUAAUUGUUCUUGACAUGAGUUAUAGUAGGUUGCAAAUAGCUUGGAAAGGAGCCAAGCUUCUUGAGUCAUUAAAAGUCCUUGAUCUUAGUCAUUCCCAUUGCCUCACUAAAACUCCUGACUUGUCGAAAGUCCCCAAUCUUGAGAGGUUGAUAUUUGAAAACUGUGCAACGUUGGUUGAGGUUCAUGAAUCCGUCGGACACCUUCAGAGACUUGUUUUGUUUAAUUUAAAAGAUUGCAAAAGUCUGAAGAAGCUUCCGAAAAACAUUUGUAUGCUGAAGUUUUUGGAAACACUUGACAUAUCAGGCUGCUCAAAUCUUGAGGAAUUGCCAACAGAGUUGGGGACUAUGGAGUCUCUAACAGUGUUCCAUGCAAAUGAAAUUGACAUAAGUCAAUUAUUCUCUACCAGUAAGGAGGUUAAAUCAUGGCAUUCAUUAAUCUGGCCUUCUCUAUUGAAGCCAAGAAGAAGUGUGGAAAUUUCAUGGUCUUUUUUACCAUGGUCCGUGGUGCACUUAAGUCUUGAGAACUGUAAUUUAUCAGAUGAUGAUUUUCCUAGGGAUCUUAGCAACCUAUCCUCAUUGCAGAUUUUAAAUUUGAGUGGUAAUGCAAUUCGUAGCGUCCCAAAUUGCAUCAGAUGUCAUUUUGGACUCCAAAUCCUUCAUUUAAAUGGAUGCAAAAAGCUCCGGUCAGUUGAAGUACAUCACAAAUUAAAAGAAUUACAGAUCGCAGAAUGUAUAUUGUUGGAGAGAUUAACCUUUCUAUCACUUCCAUUAACCAUAGAAUAUAACAACACAUGUGGCAAUCAAUUAACCAUGCGCUGGUUGCAACCACGUCUGGUCACAAGCAUGGAUCAAAAAAUACUUGAGAUUCAGGGGAUGUGCAAGCUUGAACCUCUAGGAAAUGUUGACAUGGAGAUAAUUAACAAUUUAAGCUUGUCCAACAUAGGAUUCAUGGGAUGCUCAAAUGUUCUGCUUUCAUUGAUUGGGUCAAAGAAAACAAGGAAGCUUCCCCUGCAGGGAUGUCAUGAAAAACACAUAUUCUAUGCUUAUUGUUUGGGAAGCAAGGUUCCAGACUGGUUUAAUCUUAAAAAUGAAGGAUCUUCAGUAUCAUUUACUGUGCCGUCGCAUCUUAAUUUCAGAAUCCGAUGCUUGAGUGUAUGUUCUAUUUAUGCACUUUCCAAUAAUCGAAAAGAAGUUAGCUUUAAUUCCUGCGCACAUACUAUUAUCAGUAAUACGACCAAGAGUUUGAUUUGGAGUCAUUCCCCAUGGGUCGUUGGCAUUCCAGAAGCUGAUGAGGAUAUGAUGAUGUUAAGUAAUUGGAAUUUUGAAAAUCAGUUGGAAAGUGGCGAUGAACUGAAUAUUUCAGUGGUUGGAGAAGAAUAUUGUCAAGUAAAGGAGGUCGGAGUCCAUUUUGUGUACAAGGAGCAAGAAGAGAAGAGUAGCCAAUCAAGUAGUGAAGAAGCAUCCCAACAAUUCUCUCUCUAUGGAAAUGUAGUUCCCGGAAAUGCAUCUGCAGUAAGUCCGGCAAGCAAAAAAGUCUACCGACUAGGCAUUCAUCCGAGGGAUUGUAGAAUUUGUAAUGGUCUAUAAUUUCAGCCUUCAUGCACUACUACCUCGGGAAUUGGUCGUUUUGGAGCAGUGAGAUUGGGUAAGCAACGAUGUUAAGGAUUUUGAUUAAGUGAUACGAAUCAGUUGUAUAUUGCUAGUGGCUCUGCUUUUUGAUUUUCUGUUAUGAAGGAAGAAGUUAUUUCA